AUGCGUGUGGCUUCUAUUGUGCUGCCUCUGGCAGGUCUCGCUUCGGCUGCGGCUAGCUAUAGCAAGCCUGUUAGCAGUGGUUGCAAUGCACUCAAGGGCCCCGUUGGCAACUCGCUAUUUUUCAUCGACAGCCUGGUCUACCAGUAUGAGACCAACAACUUCUGGUCAAACACUGAGCUCAUGUCUCCUGGCUGUGUAUUCCGUCCCCAGUCCAGCAGCCAAUUGGCUGAGGGAAUGACUGCUCUCGUCGAUGCUGAAGCCAAGUUCGCGGUUCGGGGUGGUGGCCACAUGGGUAUCCGAGGUUCGAACAACAUCGACAACGGUGUUUUGGUCGUUAUGUCCAAUCUCACAACCCUGGAACUGAACGAGGACAAGUCUGUGCUGUCGCUAGGUCCCGCUUACCGAUGGGGUGAGGUCUAUGAGUAUCUCGCCGCCUAUGACCUGAGUGUUCCAGGUGGUCGUCUCGGCCCCGUCGGUGUGCCUGGUCUGCUUCUUGCUGGUGGUGUCAACUUCUACGGCAACCAGGUCGGCUUCGCUUGCAACUCUGUCAUCAACUAUGAGGUCGUUCUGGCCAAUGGUACUGUUGUGCACGCAAGCAAGACCUCCAACCCGGAUCUGUUCUGGGCUCUGAAGGGCGGUAGCAGCAACUUCGGCAUUGUCACCCGUUUCGACAUCGAGACCAUCAAGUCGCCCAUGGUCUGGGCUGGUGCCCACACUGUGGAAGCCCAAUACGUGGACCAGUUCCUGGCGGCUAUUGCCCAAUAUGCCUCCAACAUUUCGGACCCCAAGAGCCACAUCGUUCCCGCUCUGGUGCCCGGAGUCUCAACUCUGGCCUCGGCGAUUCUGUUCUAUGACAGCGACACCGUCAGCUACCCCGAUAUCCUCAAGCCUUUCACCGACAUCCCAUCCGUUAGCAGCACUGUCGGCUUCAAGACUGUGGCUGAGUUCGCGGCUGAAUUGGGUGCAAUGGUAGUGAGCGACAUCAACGAUGUGUUCGUUGCCGGAACUGUCAAGGGAACAACCUACGAGGAGCUCCACCAGGGCAUCAGCAUCAUUAACACUACUUUCUUCAACGAGCUCCCCAAGCUAUACAACCAGAUUCCCUCCGCCAACAUCUCCACCAUCCAGCUGGACUGGCAACCCAUUGGCGCGGAGUGGAUCCAGGCAUCCAACGCUCGUGGCGGUAACGCUCUGGGCCUGGACUCUACUAAGGUCUACCUCUGCUAUGCCGAGGUCGUGGAGUGGAUUGGGUCCGCUUAUGACGAUGUCGUCGCCAAGUGGGUCGAGGACACUACCUAUGCUAUCAACAAUGCCACCCAGAAGGCUGGUCUUUAUGAUGCGUUCAACUACAUGGGUGAUGCCGCUGGCUUCCAGUCGAUUUUCCCGGGCUAUGGUGCGACCAACCAACAGCGUCUGAUUAAAAUCGCGGAGAAGUACGACCCUGAGCGUGUUUUCCAGACCUUGAUGCCUGGUGGAUUCAAGGUUUACUAA